UAUCCUAAUUCUUGAUUGCAGGCUUGUGUCAUAUACAACAAUUGGUGGCCAAUGUUAUCUGCUCUUAUGUAUGUUCUUGUGCCAAUGCCUUGUUUAUUCUUUGGCGGUGGGUCAACUCAGUUUCUAGUCAGUCGAGAUGGUGGGGGCUGGAUCAACGGUGCCAAGUUCUUAACUGGGGCAUCGGCUGUAGGGAGCAUAGCCAUUCCCAUUAUCCUGCGGCAUGCUGGUUUGAUUGGCACAGGAGCUAUGUUCAUUGAAUUUACAUCAUUCUUUAUAUUUGUCUGCACUGUUCUGUGUUUUCACCGUUCUACCCUUGAGGAUGAGUGGUGACAUUUCCAGUGCAAGUCGAAUGCCCUUGAAUCCUUGUGAACGAAAAAGUUAACAUGGAAAAUAGACAAGGGGGAAGAGAACUAAAAUUUCCCUUCUCCUUUAGCUAGAAUUGCCUCAGUAUAGAUUUCGUACUGUCAUGAGUGCUAUAUAUGUUGUACUGUCGCGAGUGCCAUAUAUUACUCUGUCCAAAUUAUAGUUGAGGCCUUUUUACAUGGGAUUUCAAUCAUUUUAUUGCAACUUAUCUGCUUUAUAGUUACUUUCGAAGACUGACCGGUUGAGCAGAGGACUCGGACUAGAAGAGAUGCCUAUUGUCUAUUGAUUUCAUGAUAUACUGUGUAGCUAGUGCUGUUCUGUUG